UCUUGAUUGUCCCUUUUUCUUCCUUUAUUUAGCACCACCGUUUCCAAGUUUCUCUCCAAGUUUUUCUCAAGUUUCUUCAACACAAACCAUUCAAAUUUUGUUCAAAUAUCAAACCUUCAUUGCCCACAAUUUUGUUGAGGAUUUUCCUUGCAUAGUUGGUUCUUUAGAAGCCACCCCCAUCCCACCCACGCACUCCACCUGCAACAACAGAAGAUCAAAACAAAAGAACCCUUUUUGUCCUCGUAUUCUCCUGUCUUGCCAUCCUCAUCCUUGGCGGUCCGAAUUCUAUUCUUCUGCGUAGAAUGGAAGUCAGUGAGCUGAAGCGUGUUUUUCAAAUGUUCGAUAGAAAUGGAGAUGGCAGGAUCACAAAAAAGGAACUGAACGAUUCCUUAGAGAACAUGGGAAUCAUUAUCCCGGACCCUGAGCUGACUCUGAUGAUACAAAAAAUCGACGUAAAUGGAGAUGGAUGCGUCGACAUUGAUGAAUUUGGUGGACUGUACCAAACCAUCAUGGAAGAGCGCGAUGAGGACGAGGACAUGCGAGAGGCAUUCAAUGUUUUUGAUCAAAACGGUGAUGGGUUUAUCACCGUUGAUGAGCUGAAAUCGGUCUUGGCGUCACUGGGGCUCAACCAAGGGAGAACCGCAGAGGAUUGCAAGAAGAUGAUAAUGAAGGUGGAUGUGGAUGGCGAUGGCAUGGUGAAUUUUCACGAGUUUAAGCAGAUGAUGAGAGGGGGUGGAUUCGCUGCAUUGACUUGAUAUUAUUGGAAUUUUAUCUACAUUAGCAUUAAUUUCAAAGGCUAAUGGCCCACUCAGGCCGAACCACGUGGCACUUCAGCCGAUGCGGUAUAUAUUGUCGAGGUGGGCUAUGGCCGAAGCCCUUCAAUCCAAGGCGUGCCCUUUCACCUAGGCCUGUGAUAGUAACCGAGGUCGACAUGCUGAGGCCUAUGGCCCGACGCCAUGAUGCGGAGCUGGUUGAAGUUAGUUGAAGCCCUCAAGUGGAAGUAUUGUAUGAAAUGACCAAAGCCCCGAAGCUGAUGCAGGAGCCUCCGAACCACAUGAGAACGUCCUCCAUGAUCACUUUUCCCAAGAGAUCGUCUACACAAAGAUCUUAUUCGAAUGAUUAAUGGAACGUUUGUCAUAAGCAUAAAGGUCAAGUCUUGUCACUAACAUGAAGGCUCUGCACAAGCAAUAAAUGCGCAGCAAGCUAGCAAGUCAAGCCCCCUGUCUAGGAUAAGAUAUUUGAAUAAAAGAGAUGAGGCCAUGUGCCACCUCAUCCAAGGGCCCCCAUUUCACAUGUAUCACUAUAAAUACUUCCCUUGUAUAACAUCAAAGGACUAAUGUAAAAAUCAAUACAAAGAACUACACUUUACUCAA